UCUAAUUUCCCUGUCCUUGUAUUUAGAUGUCUUCUUUGCUCCUUUCUCCUUACAGUUGCCUCUGCAUUCUCCGCUCUGUGUUACGUUCUGCUGGCUUCAUCCUGUGCAUCUCGUGUCUCAGGGCAGGCUCCAUUUCUGCCAUGUCCCUGGCUCAGUCCCUGGGAUGGCUUCUUCUUGGUGCAAUGGGUUGUGGGGCCGUGGUAAUGGAAACUCUGUUGCCCAGAGCUGGAGGACCUGUUGUGAAUGUGGCUUUGGUAUUUGGAGGGUCAUAUCCACAAACGGAACUGGUGGGACCCCUGAUUCCAAAAGAAUCCUUGGCUCUUCCUCUUGAUAUUAACACAGUUACUGUACUUGUUAAUGACAGCAGCCCGGGACCACUCCUGCGUCAGUUGUGUUUGGCAUUGAAAGGGGCACAUGCAGUUGUGUUUCAGGACAAUAUUGGAACGGAGGCCGUGGCCCAAAUUCUGGACUUCAUCUCCUCACAGACACUUGUUCCAAUCAUCAGUAUUAGUGGAGGCUCUGCGGUGGUCUUGAAUCCAAAGGAGCCAACGUCUUCUUUCCUUCAGAUGGCAGCAUCGUUAGAACAGCAGCUUGCUGUCAUAUUCAAGGUGCUGGAAGAAUACGAGCUAGGUCCAUUCUCUGUUAUUACCAGUCAUUACCCUGGACAUCGACUUUUUCUCAAGACUGUACAAGCUCUGUGUGAGGCUAUACAACCAGGUUGGGGCCCCCAGGAUGAGCUGAUACUAGAGCCAGGCACAGGCCCCCGUGGGACCCAGCGAGUGCUCAGACAAGUCUCUGCUCCAGUGCUUCUAUUAUUCUGCUCGAGAGAGGAGACUGAGGAACUUUUCUCUGUGGCUGGUGAAGCUGGACUCCUGGGGCCAGACCAUAUUUGGAUUGUACCAAGCUUCACUAUUGGCUCUCCAGAACGUCCUGCUAGCUUUUUCCCGGUGGGGCUGGUUAGCGUAGUGACCGAUGGUUGGAGAAGGAGCCUACAGCAGAAGGUGCAGGAUGGCAUAGCAGUAAUUACUGCAGCAGCUAAGAACUAUUUACAGAAACAUGGCGAGCUGCCCAAUCCUGGAGGGACCUGUUUGGCACCAGUGCAAGUUCAAGGGAAUGACACCCUGUAUAGGCAUAUGCUGAAUAUAAUUUGGCGUGAGACAGAUCUUUCCUUCAAUACCAAGGGAUUUCUACUAGAUCCAUCCAUGCUGGUUAUUACACUGACUCCAGAACGAGUAUGGGAAGAGGUUGGCAGGUGGGAGCAUGGUAUAAUACGAAUGAAGUACCCGGUUUGGCCACGGUAUGGCACAGGUCAUCAGCUUGUGACAGAUACUCGUCACCUAACUGUGGCCACCCUAGAAGAGAGGCCUUUUGUUAUUGUUGAGAGCACAGACCCAAUGACGGGAGACUGUGUGCGGAACACAGUGCCUUGCCGCAAGCAGAGCAACCUGACCUUGAGCAGUUCCGGUGAACCUUACUCCAAACUGUGCUGCAAAGGGUUCUGUAUUGACAUCUUGAAGAAGUUGGCACGUACUGUUAAGUUCUCCUACGAUCUGUAUUUGGUGACUAACGGAAAGCACGGGAAGAUUGUACGAGGUGUGUGGAAUGGAAUGAUUGGAGAGGUUUAUUACCAGCGUGCUCACCUUGCUAUCGGGUCUCUCACUAUAAAUGAAGAGCGCUCAGAGAUUGUGGAUUUUUCUGUUCCCUUCGUAGAGACCGGAAUCAGUGUCCUGGUGUCACGUAGCAAUGGAACUGUGUCCCCUUCGGCUUUCCUGGAGCCAUAUAGCCCAGCAGUCUGGAUGAUGAUGUUUGUCAUGUGUCUGUCUGUGGUAGCAGUGACCGUAUUCAUCUUCGAGUACUUGAGCCCCAUGGGAUAUGACCAAGACCUAAACAAUGGAAAACGCUUAGGAGGUCCAAGUUUCACAGUGGGAAAAUCCUUGUGGCUGCUCUGGGCACUGGUGUUUAAUAACUCAGUUCCCAUACAGAAUCCUCGUGGUACUACCAGCAAGAUCAUGGUGUUGGUGUGGGCAUUCUUUGCGGUUAUUUUCCUGGCCAGUUAUACAGCCAACCUUGCUGCUUUCAUGAUUCAGGAGCAAUAUAUUGACACAGUGUCUGGCCUGAGCGACAGGAAGUUCCAGAAGCCACAAGAGCAUUACCCGCCAUUCCGAUUUGGAACUGUCCCAAAUGGGAGCACGGAACGUAACAUCCGCAGUAACUAUCCUGACAUGCACAGCUACAUGGUGCGCUAUAACCAGCGAUCAGUGGAAGAUGCUCUUGCAAGCUUAAAAACAGGAAAGUUGGAUGCCUUUAUCUAUGAUGCAGCAGUACUGAAUUACAUGGCAGGAAAGGAUGAAGGAUGCAAGUUAGUGACCAUUGGAAGUGGAAAAGUAUUUGCUACAACUGGAUAUGGUAUUGCUUUGCAGAAGAACUCUCGAUGGAAGCGUCCCAUUGACCUUGCACUGCUGCAGUUCUUAGGUGAUGGUGACACUCAGAGGCUGGAAACAGUCUGGUUAUCGGGUAUAUGUCAAAAUGAGAAAAAUGAGGCUGUGAGCAGUAAACUGGACAUUGAUAAUAUGGCUGGUGUCUUCUACAUGCUACUGGUGGCUAUGGGGCUGAGUCUUCUGGUCUUCUCCUGGGAGCACCUUGUGUAUUGGAGGAUGAGACACUGUGUGCCCAGCUCUUGUAUUGAGCAGAGCCUGCUCGGAAUCAGCCGGGGGAUAUACAGUUGUUUUCGAGGUGUUCAAAGCCCAUCCCGUGGUCCCACUUGUCCUGACCCUGAUGUGACAGGCACUCCAGUACCAGUGAAUGUUUUAAGGGUACUACAGACAGCGAGGGAUCUGGUUUCCUCCUCAGGUGUUGGGGGGUCCCUGGAGACUGCAUCCCAUGCACUACGUACUUGGAGACAGCGAAGUGAAAGUCUGCAAGCCGCUUUUUCUUUACAGGCCUCACAGCAGCAACCGCAGACCAUUUCUUCUCCUCAGUGUGGGGUCAUUGCAAAGCCUGUAGGAACUGCAACCCAAACACCCAGUGCAUCAAUUCUUUCACCUGCAUUGCGAUCUUCUAAAGCUCCAUGCUCUCUAGUAGAAGAGAUAGAGCCCAGCUCUGCAACAAUAAACACCUACACGUGUCAGGACAUGAUCCCACAAAUGUCCCUUAUCUCACAAAAUGGAAGUGUCCUAGGGACAGAACUAGGAACUGGCUGCGCACCAAGCAACAAAUUGAAUCCAGUGCAGAGACCACCCACCAUUGUCACCGCACCCACCCUGCACUGUAGUGCUUGGUGUCCAUCCCCUAUUCCCAGGCGGGUAUCCAGAAAGCCUUUCCUGUUGUGUGACUCCCUCCACAGAGAUGACUUAAGGCUGCAUCAAAAUUGUGAUAGUCCUUCUUAUUGUUCUCUUCCUCAUACCUCCCAAGUGUGUCCUUCCUGCAGCAACUCCGCAGCGAAACACAGCGGAGACAGAUGGCUUAGUCCUGCUUUCUGCAAGCCCUCACAACGUGAAACAUGUUUGAGGGGGACAAUAACACGUGCCAUACCACCAACUAUGACCCCCAGAGACACACAAACCCUUUUUAGCAUGGCAUCUCUAGGAAGGACUGUGUGCUACUCUCAGAUGGGGAGUAUUAGGAACCCUUCACCUCUGUCAUUAGGGACUUUUCCAGGUGACAGAGCAAGAACCCACCAUUCGGCUGAUUCAUGGAGAAGAAUUAGCUGGGAAUCAGAAGUAUGAAAUUUGAGAAGAGAAAAAUAACUAUUAUACAAAAUGUGGCAAUGAACUGUUCCACAGGUAAUGGAUCGUACACAAUGGAUCAUGCUCAGGUACAGGAGGUACAUAUAGAUCUAUAGUGAAUUUCUGUAUUCUUAUGGCAAAUAUUAUCAGUAGUGUCAUCACAAAUCCAUAUUCAGUACAAGUUCACAGUUUUACCAUAUUGUCACUUUACAUUGAAGUCAGAUAGGAACUUUAAUAAUAAGUAACAAUACUAUAACAUUUCAAAUGAUACCACAAACCUCCCUAUCUACUGAGCACCCAUAGUCUAUGAACACAGAGGUGGCUGCAUCUAUGUAGUCUGGUGAUCAUUCAACAAUGUGCACAAAAAUACAGCUGUAUUUACUAUGAUGAUUUGACAUGGGAUUUCAAUGAAUGAAUAAGCUACAAGAUUGCACUGAAGGUCAUUAAUCAGUGAUAUACAGGAGACAGGUUAUUACAUAUUCUUCAUUACUGUAUAAAUGGAAAAAUAAGAGUACGCAUAUAUGUAUAUUGAUAUUAAUGAAGGAGCUGGCCCUGCUUGAAGGAGUUUAUAAUCUAGAACUGCCGGAAAGCAAGAGGAUAAUUUAGGAGGAAGAAAUUGUCCAAAUGAUGGGUAAAGAUUAAACAAUCUCACAGAUGGAGGUCGUGUUUAGCUAAGUGAAUUAAGGCCUGAUUCUGGGUUGGACACAAUACUGAUAUUCCCGCAAAUGGUCAAUAUUUUUCCAACUGAUCAUGCUUCGAGGUCGCCGCACGUUGCAUAGUGCUGGUAUCAAGUGGUGUGUGCAGUAUCAACCGCACAGACUAAGAAAUGUAAAGAAAAUGUACUGGGCGUUCCUGAGUGGUGUCUGGGAGGUGGCUAUUCAGGUGCACACUGAGGGCCAUUCUCUGAUGAAGAAUCUGCACCGUGCAUGGGGCUGGUAUUUCAGUCCUUGCCAAUCCGAAGUAUGGAUGUACACCAUGGAGGGGCUUGUAGCUGCCUUACUAAUAAAGUCACAGGUGCCAAACCAACAAAAGAUGCAGACACGGAAACUGCCCUCAGAAUCAGGCUCUUAAGUGUGGCUAGGCCAUUAUGCAGACCUUUCUACCUCUGGUGCAGCAAUCUUAUGGUGGAUACAGCUACACAGCUGCCCCAAUAUAGACCAUUGCUCUAUGUGGUACAUGUUUAUGUUGUAUUUCAGGUGCACCCUGCUCUCAGAGAGUACAAAGGGCACAUUUACCAUUGAGAUCCAUUAUCACUAUAGUGAUAGCUAACUGGCACUGGACACAAGUAACUGCACCUGUAUGUAUAUAGCAUGAGUUACCCUAAGGUAGAGCUGACCAAACCAGUCCUCGAGAUCUACCAACAGUUCACAUUUUCCAGACCACCUAGCUGGUGCACAGGUGUAGUCAUUACUAAUUAAGAUGUAAUGCAUUUAUUCCUAACUGACAAUUAUACAGAUCUCCAGGAGGCCUGGAAAACAUGAACUGUUGGUAGAUUCCGAGGACCGGUUUGGCCAGCCCUGCCCUAAGGUCUGUCUCAGCAAUCAAUUGGGGUGAUUUGGCGUUUUGCAGAUGAUUGUGCAAAUAAAUCUGCAAUCUAAGUGGUUCACAUAUCACAGGUUCAGACCAAGAAUCGAUUGGGAUUGUUAA